AUGGGCUCAACUCCUCCCACCGUCCUCCUUUUUGGAGACCUCACAGACUCAUGGGUUGAUGGCAUGGACUAUGUCUUUGACCAGGCCACAACGACGCCAUGGCUCCAAUCCUUCUUGAACGAUCUGUUCUCUGCCUUCAAGGCCGAGGUGAGAAACAUGGAUGGCUUUUUACAAGAGAGCUUUGGACAUGCUUCAAAUUUCCAAGAGCUCGCUCAGAAAUAUCGUCGUUCGAGCGAUCAGGCUGGCCUUGUCCAUGCCAUGCUACUAUAUACCGUUAGAGCGGUUCUGCUAUUAGAGACUGCCAACCGCGAGCCACUAUUGCUCCACCCAGGUGACGAAGGUAGGCCCGAAACACAUCUAGUUGGUAUCUCUGCCGGUCUCUGGAACGCUGUUUCCGUACCAAUCGCAACGAAUUUCAACAUUCUGUACGAUUCCUCUAUCGAGGCCGGCCGGGUAUGGGUUCGAGUCUGCAGUCUAAUGUUUGGGCGGGCAAGAACCCGGGAGGACCGCCCUGGAGUUUGGGGCUGGGCUAUCUUGGGUAUCUCGUUGGAUGAGCUCGAAAGGAAGCUCAAGCAAUUCCAAGAUGACGUGGGCAUUCCCUCUUCCAAGAGAGCCAAGGUUGGCUUCACGGGAGACCGCUGGAACACCAUCAUUGGACCACCUUCAGUCUUGGAGCUCAUCUUCACCCAAUUCCCUGAAUUGAAGAAUCUCCCCAAUCACAAGAUAGCCGGUAUCCGCGGCUUGCAGCACACUCUCGAUGUCUCUGAAUCCGACAUGGACUACGUUGUCGGGAACUCGGCUCUCUUGGAAACGCCUCUUCGCCCAGGCUUUAAGGUAUGGGGCAUGACCGACGACGACGCUAGCACAACCUACUCCAGCUGGGGCCAUCUGCUGAGAGUUGCGGCUUUGCAAACACUGUCACAACGCCUGGAUCUCGUCAAGAUUGUUGGAAAGCUUAAUACCUACCUCGGCACGUCGUCAGAGCAUGUCGAGGUUAAGAUGAUGGGCCCCAGUGGCCACUCAGCGUACAUCAAUGGUGUUCUCAAAGCAACAAGACAGGUAUCCAUCGAAGACGGCCUGCAGUCAUCAUCAGCUUCCAAUGAAGGCGUAGGCCUCCGAGAGGGCGCCAUCGCGAUCGUGGGAAUGUCGGGCAAGGGGCCCGGCAGCGAGGACAUGGACGAGUUCUGGAACGUUAUCGUCACCGGCCAAGACUGUCAUCAAGAAAUUCCAGCUGAGCGGAUGGACUUGGAUGAGUACUACUGCACCAAGCACAGCUCUGGCAAGUGCACCAUGACAUGUAGACACGGAUGCUUCAUCAAGAAUCCCGGCCACUUUGACGCCAAGUUCUUCCAGAUCUCGCCGCGUGAGGCGCUUUUGAUGGAGCCGGUUCACCGACACUUCCUUAUGAGCGCAUAUGAGGCUCUGGAGACGGCCGGAUACUCCGCAGGCCAGACAAAGACGACUGAUCCUAACAAGACCGCUGUCUUCUUCGCGCAGAGUUUCGAUGACUGGCUCAAGGUCAGCCAUCAUGCGCUGGGAUGUGAUGCCUAUACACUACAGGGCAUCCAACGUGCCUUUGGCCCUGGCCGAUUGGCUUUCCAGAUGAAGUGGGAAGGCCCAACAUACGCACUCGACUCGGCCUGCGCGGGCUCUACCUCGGCCAUCCACCUGGCAUGCAUGAGUCUGUUGUCAAGAGAUGUCGACAUGGCUGUUGCAGGUGCCACGACCAUCUUGUCUGAUCCCCAUUCCUUUACCUUCCUGAGCAAGGCUGGUGUGUUAUCUGAAACAGGUGGCUGCAAGACUUACCGUGACGACGCAGACGGAUACUGCCGUGCUGACUUCAGCGGUGCCCUCGUCCUGAAGCGACUUGAAGACGCCGUUGCUCAUAAUGACAAUAUCCUGGCCGUCAUUGCCUCGUCGGCCAGAAACCACUCUGGAAACGCGACUUCCAUCACAACUUCUGAUGCCAACGCGCAGGAGAGUCUCUUCAAGAAGGUCCUCCGGAACGCACGAGUGAACCCCGAUGAUGUCUCGUACAUCGAAAUGCAUGGUACCGGGACCCAGGUUGGUGACAAGGCCGAGAUGGGAGCAGUCUCCAGGGUCUUCCUGCCGAGACCGAGCGGCAAGCCUCUGCCAGUCGGAGCCAUCAAGGCAAAUAUCGGCCAUUCUGAAGCGGCUGCUGGUAUGUCCUCAAUUCUCAAGAGCAUUCUCAUGCUUCAGAAGGGAAUUAUCCCGCCUCAGGCUGGCAUGCCACAUGCUAUGAACCCUAACGUGCUGGAGAUUCUCGGAGACGAUCCCAGCGUUAUGAUUCCCACCAAGCCAACCGAGUUCAAGUCGGCGGAUGGGAAGCCCAGGCGCAUUCUAAUUAACAACUUCGACGCGGCUGGUGGCAACGCAAGCGUCCUCAUCGAAGAGUACAAGCAAGACCAAGCCAGUCUCACCAAGCGACAGGAGCUUGACGUCCGAUCGAGUCAUGUCAUCGCCAGUUCAGCCAGGACACCUGCAUCUCACCUUGCCAACAUGCGUCGACUCGCGGAGUGGCUCCGUGCGAACCCCAAUGCCCGGAUGCAAGAUGUAGCCUACUCGACAACUGCUCGAAAAGUGCACCACCCUUUCAGAUUCGCGAUUGCGGCUUCAACACUACAAGACGCCGUCUCGAAGCUCGAGGCUGAGAUCCAACGCACCAGCAACUCAGCCAAGAAAUCAUCCGCUCCUCCCGUUGUCUUCGCCUUCACUGGUCAGGGCUCCCACUAUGCAGGCAUGGGCAGCGAGCUGUACCAUACAAGCCCCGUUUUCCGCAAGACCGUCGACCUUUGCGCGGCCAUCUGUGCUUCUCACCAGUUCCCGGCAUUCCUGGACAUAAUCACCACCGAUAACGUUGACUUAUCUACCAAGAACGCUGCGCAGGUCCAGCUCGCCGUUGUCGCACUGGAGAUUGCCUUGACUGCCUUCUGGAGAUCCUCGGCAGGGAUCGAGCCAUCCAUGGUCAUGGGCCACAGUCUGGGCGAGUACGCAGCCCUGCACGCGGCAGGAGUCCUCUCGCUGACGGACACGCUGUACCUCGUCGGCCAGCGUGCCCUGCUUCUCCUCGAGCGAUGCGAGCUUAACUCUUGGGCUAUGCUCUCCGUUUCGGCACCCGUGGCAACCGUGCGAGAGCACCUCGCCCGGCUUGGGGAGACUACUUGUGGAGUGGCCUGCAUCAACGGCCCCACGGCCACCGUCAUCAGUGGAACGGCCGAGGACCUGGCACGCAUGCAAACAAGUAUGACUGUCCAGGACACCAAUCUACGCACUAAGAUGCUCCCUGUCCCGUUCGCGUUCCACUCCUUCCAGAUGGACGCCAUCUUACCCGAGUACAAGGCUCUCGCCAGUGGCGUGACAUAUCUGCCGCCCAAGAUUCCCGUGGCGUCGACCUUGCUUGCAUCUGUGGUUGAUGUACCGGGCGUCUUCAGUGAAGACUACCUCGUACGCCAGACGCGCCAAGCAGUCGACUUCUCCGGGGGCCUCAACGCUGUCAAGUCCGCACUUAAGAAUGAUGAUCCUCUCUGGAUCGAGAUUGGCCCCGGUCCAGUGUGCACCUCGUUUGUUCGAUCUACACUCUCGCCGCCAGCGGCUAGAAUCAAUCACACUAUCGACGCAAACAACAGCAACUGGGCAAUCAUCUCCAAGACUCUCGUGGCAGCCUACACCAGCGGCAUUGACGUGGACUGGCUUGCCUUGCACGCCCCAUACGAGAGCAAGCUCGAGCUGCUGACUCUCCCAACAUAUGCAUGGGAUGUCAAGAAUUACUGGAUCACACACACUGACAAGAACAACGGCGCAAUGGUCCCUGCUUCUGCUCCAGCCAUGGCAACUGCACCAGAGCCUUUCCUUACCUCGACGGCCCAGUACCUCGUUAACAAGACCAUUACACCUGAAGGACAGGUUAAAGUCACCUUCCGAGCUGGUCUUUCUGACCAUGGCUUCAUGGGCGUGAUUGAUGGUCACAGGAUGCAGCAAAUCGGUCUCGCUUCCGGCACUGUCUUCUGCGACGCCGCUGCGACAGUGGCCAAGUAUGCGUUCGAGUAUAGUGGCGGCAAGACUGGCGUGACAGCUUCUCAUCUUACCUUCCACGAGCCCCAUCUGCUCGCGCCGCUCACUCGCGAUCUUGUUGGCGUUGAUGGCGACUUGGUAACCACGGCCACCAUGGAGAGCGCCUCGUCUGAAGUCGUCCUGGCCACUUUCAAGGCCACUUCCAAAACCGGCGAGACCUUCGAUCUCGGAUCAGUGGUAGUCAAAUAUCGAAUCCCCGAGAAGUCUCAGGCCGAUUUGGACCGAGUCUCUUUCUUCAUCAAGGCCAAGAUGGAGGAGCGAAUUCGACUGUCUAAGGAUGGCUCAGGUCACCGCAUGCAACCCGAUGUUUUCUUCGCGCUGUUCGCUAAUGCAGUCGAGUUCUCGCCCGACUUCCGUGGCGUUCAAGAGGCGUACGUUGCGGGCGACUAUCAGGAGGCCGCUGCGACGAUCAAAAUCAAACCCGACCCGACCGGCACCCGAUUCACGGCAUCGCCAUAUUGGGGUGAGGCCUUGUUGCAUCUGGCGGGCUUCAUGGUGAACGGUAACCCAAAUACGCCGCAGCCAUUGACCUAUGCUCUCAUGGGCUACGACAGUAUCGAGCAGCUCGCGCCUGUUAAGGCUGACAAGGAGUACAUGACGUACACGCACAUCUCACGAUGGGAAGGCACCACAGCUUUCUGCUCAGCCUACGUCUUCGACCCGGAGACGUGGAAGAUUGUUAUGCUGUCCACUGACCUGCGAUACCAGCAGUUCAAGAGGGCCACUUGGCGCCACAUUCUCAGCACAAGACCACAUGCUGUUGGUACAGGGCCCCAGCAUGCAGCUCCCAAGUCGGUAUCCCUGCCUCCUGUCAAGGAAAAGAAAAUGACCCAUGAGAAUUUGUCUGCUGCUAUGGCCACAGUUCCUAUCAAACAGAGCAAAGCACAGCAAAAGGCUAAAGAACCGGAGACUGCAAACUCACGGGCAUUCCAGAUUAUUCUCGAAAGCCUCAUCGCAGCAACUGGAAGUGAUCCUUCCGAGUUCACUGACGACGCAGAGAUUGCCGAUAUCGGUGUUGAUUCCAUCAUGGCCAUUGAGGUCGUUGCUGCCGUUACUGAGAAGGGUGUCGAUUUGCCCGCCUCCUUUGUUUUCGAUUAUCACACAAUCGGUGACCUUCGUCGCGUCUUUGGAGGUGGUAACCCAGACGACUCGGACGCCAAUGAUAGCAGCGACACGCCUUCCAGUGGUGAUGAAGAUGGCAUGACGCCGGCCGCCCCGUUCACCCCUUUCACCCCUACCUCGCCAGCGUCAAGUCUGUACAACGUGGAGAAGGAGGAGCCGUCGGUUCUAUCACCGGGGUUUGACACAGACACGUCGCCUCUUCCUAGUGUCAGAAUUACCCUCCUACAGGGCCGCCCUGAAGCCGGCAGCACUCCGCUGUACAUGAUGACCGAUGGAACCGGUACGGUCGCGUCCUUCAUUCAUUUGCGCCCCUUCGGGUCCAAUCAGGUCGUCUACGGCAUCGACUCGCCCUUCCUCCGUUGCCCCUCUCGCAUGAACAGCAAGGUCGGCAUCGAUGGUGUUGCCAAGCUGGUCGUCGAUGCGCUACUUAAGGCGCAGUCUACUGGUCCUUUGAUGAUUGGAGGAUACUCUGUCGGCUGCUUUGUUGCCUUUGAGAUGUCCCGCCAGCUGGCCCAGGCCGGGCGCACAGUCAAGGGCCUCCUCUUGAUUGACAUGCCGUGCCCUCGUCCUCGGGCAAUUGACCAAGGCAAGCUACUCGCUGAGGCUGACACCAGUGACGCCGUUCUGGAGGGAAUAGUCAACCGAGAUGGACAGUGGAGUGCCCUCGGAGCCCGUCGCGAACAUAUGCGUCAGUUCUUCUUCGCCAUGAAUGAGUACUCGCCGGCGCCGAUGACAGCAUCCGAGCGGCCCGCCAAAACGGCUGUCAUUUGGGCGGAGCGAGGCUUGAUCAAUCGCGUAUCGGAUGAUCCAGCUCACAUUCAGAAGCUGGAGGCUCAGGGUGUGCCGACUAAGCCUUACCCGGGCUUCAUGGAGGAUCCCAAACUGGGUACUUUUGCCUGCCAUGUGCCCAACAAGGGCCAGGAGAACCUCGGUCCCAAUGGGUGGGAGAAGUACACCGGUGGAGAGGUGAAGACUUUUUCUGUUAAUGGUGAUCAUUUCGAGCUGCCUAUGCCUGGGCACGUCCAACUUCUCCAGGAGAAGAUGGAGAACGCCUUGGCUUAUUUCUCUUCGAAUUAG